AUGUCGGAUAUCGACGAAAUCCGUGGCCAGGAAGAGGGGUGUCCGACUUGCUCUCCAACUUGGCCAUCAGUGAACUCGACCUCCCAGAGCCAGAUGAUGACCAGAGAAGCGCAACUAGGUACUGCUGUCCGCGAUCAGCUGCCAUACUACGAGAAAUCUGAGGACGCCUGUGUUAUGUGCAACACAACCACUUCCCGCCAGUGCUCAGUCUGCAAAAGCGCACGAUACUACUCCUCCACCUGUCGGUCAGCCGACUACCCGGUCCACAAGCUACUCUGCCGGAAGUUCGCACACCAGGCCCGCAGGCCGUCUCUCAAUCAUAAAAAAGCAAUAUUCUUUCCUGCCAACAAGGCCAAACCGCAGAUGGUGUGGGUGAAGUGUGAAGGGAGGAGAGGCGAAACUAGCGUGGAAUGCGAGUUGCCUGACAAGACGCCCUUCUUUCACGGCAGGCUGGGACGGCAUGUCAUUGAAGAAACCCGUGUUCGCUGCCGCCGGCUAGGACUGGGAUACUCGGAAUUUAGGCCCUCUGAAAUCGGCUACUUUGUGACUUUCUACUACCGCGAUGAGACCGCCUACAACGAGAGCCUCGCCCGCACCCUCGCAGCCUAUAGCAGAUGUUUGCCCUACCGCGGUCCUUUGCUUGCCGUGCUGCAGAUCCCUCAUCAGUUCCUCAAUAACAUGCCCCUUUCAGAUUUUAGAGAUGUCCUUGAUUUCAUGGAAAAGUGGAGGGUCGACUGGGAUAAAGAAAGCCUCCUUUCGCCCCCCAGAGCUGUGAGAGGUAUCAAGAUCUCUUGCGGAGGCGAACGCGGUAAUGGCGACUCUUCCAUGUUUGUCCCUGUCGAGACGCAGACCCUUCCGUGGGUUCGCCAAAGCCACGGCUCCUUGUCAGCGGUUUCGGUCAGACUCGGCAUGCCCCUUCGUCUGUGGAGGUACCCUGACCCGGAUACCGACGUGAACAGAAGCAACUCCGAAGCUGCCGUGUUUGUUGUUCGCGAGGAUGGCGUCGAUCUUGAUAUAGCCGAUCUGCAGAAGAUGUGCUCCUUCAAUUUCAAGGACGUGGGCGAGAAGAUUGUAGGCCUCUACGAGAAGAUGGAUGAACUUUGGACCCGGAUUCAAAGGUCAGGUCAGAACGAGUCACCUAGGACCUGGGAGGAGCUCAAGCGCCAGGAAGAAAUUCGAGACCGUGAUGAACAGGCGAUCCGACAGAGAGUGCUGGACUUCAUUACCCGUGGGAACAUGCUCAGCAUCUACGGAUAG